AUGAACGGCUUCUUGGCUGAUAAGUACGGUCGACGGCCCUUGGUGGUGGUGGGCGGCGUAGCAUACGUGCUCGUGGCCAUAAUCUCGACGUGGCUGCCCAACCUCUCGGCGGUCCUGGGGGCGCGCUUCCUCCUGGGGGCUGCGCAUCCUCUGGUAAUGAAUAGUGGCUACAUCUUGGCCAUGGAAGCCUCAGAGCCGCGCCUGAGAACGGCCCUGGGCAUAACGCUCUACCUCCCCUGGGCCUUGGGUGCAAUGGCCCUCGGAGGACUGGCCUAUCUGCUGAGGAACUGGAGGGCGCUUCAGCUGGCCAUAUCUGUCAUAGGAGUGGCCAUGUUCCCCGUUUUCUGGUUCAUGGACGAGUCUCCCCGAUGGCUGAUGGUGACCGGGAAGCACGAGAGAGCUCUGAAGGUGCUGAAGAAGGCGGCGAAGUGGAAUAAGGUCGCGCUUCCUCCAGAGAACGAACUUCUUGCUCUCAUGAAGGAAGAGUUACCUCCGAGCAAGAGUGACACAUCAGCCCGUGAUAUAAAGUCUCUACCGAAGUUUUCCUUGACCAAUGCUCUUAUUCUCUUAAGCAUCGUGAUACAAGUACCAUAA